GCCGUCUCACCCGGCCGGCCCCGGGUUAAAUACCGCUCCUUCCCCGACGGGGCGGGGCGCCCGGCCGCCACUGACGCCAUGGCUCGGCCCGGCCCAGUCCUCAGCAGUCGCCUCUUUCGGGGAUGGCUGGACAGGAGGUGCGGGGCCCGCACGGGCGGCUCCUCGGAGGGACGGUGCUCCCUCUAGCCGGCGCGACUUUUACCUAGCGGCGGCCGCUUCCCGGGCGCAGGGAGGGUGGCCAGGCGGCCAGGCGGCCGAGCCUCCCCGUCCGUGGCUCCCCCGCUGCCCGGGACGCGCCUGCCGUCGGCCUCGCCCUCCUAUCCCGCAACAAGUCCAGUCUUCUUGUGGUUGCGCCGCCUGGCAGGAGCUCCAGUCCGGGACUGGCCACCGCGCGCCACCUCAUCUCUGUUCCAAGCCCUCCGCUCCUCCGGGCCCAAGUGCUGUGGGGCUGCCGGGAGAACAUCCGGAGCCUCUCAGGUAGCGGGAUGUUGAAGGGCUGGCCCGAGACGGACCGCUCCCGCACCGGGAUGGCAGAGCUCGAGGGCUCGGAGAACUGUCCCGUGCCGGUGGCUCUAUCGCAGCUGCAGGGCAUUCGUGAGUGGGGGAACUCCGUCGGACAACCCGAACUCCAUGGAAUUAUGCCGAAUUUCUACGUCCUAUUUGAAGAUCGCCUGAAGGGCUGCCUUUUAUCUCAAGAUAAACAUCAAGGGACAUUUAAGGUGGCAAAGAAAACCUACAACCAAAAUAACUGCGACCUGUCCAGUUGUUCGAAAAAUCCUCUUCAAAGCCUGCAAAGCAGAGCAUCAUCCCCAAAUCUUGGAGAAAGUGUUCAAGAAAUGCAGGAAAACGGUUCCUCCCUUAACUCCAGGCAGGGCUUUGGAGAGCGGAGAGCUCUGCUCGGUCACCACAGGAGCUGGAGCUGCUUGACUGAGUUGUUGAUCACCCUUAAACUGGUUACCACCUUUAAAGCGCUUCAUGGCAUGGGACCUGGCUAUUUACGGGACUGCCUACUGCGACCGACGGCCUCCCAGCGAUCGGUGCGCUCCCACAGAGUGGGCCUCCUUGGGGUGCCGUCGGCUAGACAAUGUCGGCUGGCGAUCCCCAAGGCCUUCUCUGUGGGGGCCCCAACCCUCUGGAACGAAUUACCACCGGGUAUUCGCCAACUCCCUGAUCUCCGGACUUUCCGACGCGAGCUGAAAACACGGCUGUUUCAUCGUGCAGGACUGGCCUAAUAGUUUUAAUUGGGAAUUUUAAAUGGGUUUUAAGGAAUCAGCCUAAAUUUAAAUAUUUCAUUUUAAAUCAUUUUAGUGUUUGUAAAAAUUGUUUUUAAUAUGGCUGUAAACCGCCCUGAGUCCUUCGGGAGAAGGGCGGUAUAGAAAUAUAAACAAAUAAAUAAAUAAAUAAACACUUUCUUCCUUUGCAACUGGGAGAGCUGCACAGCCUUCUUAUUUUCUCAUUCCAGGUUUCUCCUGGCUACAAAACCAUGAAACCCAUUUACUUGCUCCUUCAAUGUUGAUUUAAGAAUUACUGGUUUUUCUUUAUUUAACAUGUUCUCAGAGUGGUUAACAAGAUCGUAAUUUAGUGGUAAACAGUACAAUAAAGUAAAUCAAUUGGCAAGGAAACAGGACAUUUUGAGCCCACAAGUCAUAACAACACUCAUUAGCCACUGAUCCAAAGGCUAUGCUGAAUGAGAAAGAGGUCUGGCCAGUCUAGAGGGUGGCACAAAUCACCUGAAGUGCACAACCAAGCAAUGGCAUCCUCCUGGGAUACAGUAGUGUAAAACACAGCCAGCAGUGCCUUAAUGAACAAAUCACAUUUAAGAAAAAGCAUAGCACUUCCUCAUGUAAACUCAGAUAGACUAGACUAGACUAGACUAGACUAGAAUAGUUUGGUGACUAUUUGAAGGGACGACACUGAACAAGGAGGCUUUUAUACAGGCCUACAGGCCUUACAGAUCUACAUCCCUGCAGUCACCUGAUCAUAAUACAGGCAUUUGGUAAGUGGCAAUUAUGGACUUUGCUGCAAUUAUGACAGUUAUAGCAUCUCGAGAUCCUAUAAGCACCUUCACGGAGGUGUCCUACAAGCUAAGUCAAUGGGGAAGCCAGCAAGAGCUCCGAGAGCAUCAAGAAUCUUGAAAGCCUGGCAGAGUCUCUCUUUCCCUCUUAUACCAGAGAGAGCCAAGGCAGGGUAAUCUAAAGUUUCUUCCUCCAGUCUUUUUGGGCUAAGUUCAAGUUUUCUAAGAGCUGCUGCAUAUUUUUCAAGCGAUCCCUGUAUUCACAUAGAUCAAUAUAUCAAAACAAACAUUUGAUACAAUUUCCAAGUUAUUUAUAAAAUUUGUAUUCACAAGCCACCAAACAGCCUCCACCAGUGGGCUCAGGUAGUUGAGGAUCCACUGAGGAACAGCCUAUCCAAUUCCUUAGAGGUUACAGGGCCAAAAGAAUCCCAAAUAAUAUGGCAAGACGGACAGUCACGUUCUGCUAGCUGGCUACAGUGGCCCAGAGGCAAACCCACUAGAGAGCUCUUAUCCACAGGAAAACCAACCAUCUGAAUAAGGGCCAGUGGACGCAGUGGAUCCAGCGAAGCAAGAAGAGAGAACUAAGAGUAUUUCACCUGCAUUAUCAUCACAGAGUGAUAGAUCUUAUGCUUCUUCUGUCAUUCUCUACCUGCUUCUGCUGCUUCAUCUCCCCAGUCCUCUGCAAACUAAGGGGACACUCUGGGAGGCCGCUCAGGGAUGAUUUUGUCAAGGGCCCGAGACACCUCCUCUUACUAGUAAUGAAACAGAUUCUCAAUCAAUUUGUCCAAUUUUCUCCUUAAAGAAAUCCUCAAUUACUUGCCAGGGGCCCAGAGCAGACCAUUUGAAAGCCCCACUGAGGUAACAAUGGCAUGUGAACCAGGAAGUGUUCUGACUGUGACAAAAACAAAAUACUAAUAUCCUUCUUAUCCAAAUCAAAUAACAACUGUUCUACCAUGUGACCCUUGGAUUGGAUCAAAAUGCUCAAUUAUUUAUUAAAUUUAUAUGCCAUUUAUCUCACUAUCCAAAUUCCCUGGAUUGCAAGGAAAAAGUCAACGGCUUCCAAAAAAGAAAUGAACUCCUAGAUUCAACCAGUUUUUGCUCCUACUGAAUGGAAGCUUCAGUGCUAUGUUUUUAGUGUAAGCCUCAUAUUAUCUUGGGGGUUGCAAAAAGGAAAGUAUAAACCAGAGGAGGAAAAUAAUACGGAAUCAAACAGAAAAAAGAAACAGCAGAAUGGCUACUUUAUUUGGAAAAUGGAAACUUCUGAUUAGUGCUACAGAGGACACUAACCACAGAAAGGCUUUAACAAUUUUUUUUUGAAGCAAAUGAAAUGGUUGCUAAGAAAAAGGCGCCUGUUUUGCUGAUAGUUGUGGGAGAUAAAGAGAAGAUUUUAUUGAAAAGCUUAAGGCCCCACAAAAA